AUGAACAAUCGUCAUCUGCCGGCUGGGCAAGCCAUGCCGGGGGGUGGUGGGCCGGGAGCUGGUGGUGUUGAUAUGGGUGGCGGGCCCGGAGGGGGCAAUAGACGGAGGAUGCAGCAACAGCCAACCUAUGCGCAAUACCAACAAUACCAGCACAUGCCGAUGUAUCCGACCAACUACAUGAACCCCUACGCCACGGCGCCGUACUAUCACCAGCUGCCUCAUCAGUAUCAGAACGGCGGAAUGCCCUCUGGUUAUAUGCACUACCAGCAACAGCAGCCGUACGUCCGGUCGCCACAGGCGAUGCCGCCAUAUGUCCCCAUGGCCGGCGUGAGCGUUCCCCAGCCGUACUCUCAACCACCUCAACCAUCACCUGCUCUGUCGACUCCCUACCAGCCGCCUCCCGCUCCUGCUGCCAUGCCUGUUCAAUCGCCUCCGCCGCCUCAGCCCCAGCCUGUAAACCAUACUCCAGAGCCUCCUGUCGUGACGCCAGUCGCCGAGCCCUUUCAGCCUGCGGUGGAAUCCUUCAAGCCGGUGGCAGAGCCUUUCCAGCCUUCAGCACCUGCUUCGCAAACUCCUCAGACCCCCCAGAGCCCAGACCUUCCUAAAGAGACCAAGGCAUUCCGGCCACCUCUUCCUUGGACGCCACCUACGCAAGGACCCUUCCCGAAGAGAGCGCCCAAGUCAAGACGGAGGAGAAGGUUGCUAAGCACAAACGCGCAAAACAUCACGUUACCGGUGGGCCAGGGCGCCGCGGAUCAGGUUGAGUCAACCGAAUCUGAGAAAGCAGCCGUGAAAGAAGUGAGCAAGCAAAUGGAGGAAACUGCGUCGAAGAUUGCUUCCAAGAAAUCUGUUGUAUGGAACCCCAAGGACGCCGACUCUGAAACUGCCACUUUGAGAGCAGAGUCAACGGCCUCUGAGACUCCUAAGGAGAGUGACAGAUCGGCUACUAUUGUCUCAAACUCAGGCAGCCCGAAGGUCGCCGUUGUCAAGGAAAACGCGAGGCCUACGACUAGUAGCUCUAGCACUUCUCGACCUGCCGCCCCCGUCGUUCCUGUUGUCCCAGUUAUUCCUAAGAACAGCCCCAAGGAGACAAAGUCAGCGAGUAUCAAUAAGCCAGAAGAGACGAAGCAGCCUGCUUCCCUUGAGCAGCCCACGGAAGUCUCUUCGACGGCAGAUGCCGCUGACUCUGAGCAAAAAGUCGACGCCCAGCCUGCAGCCCCUGUCAAGGCUGCACCCAAGACCUGGAGUGGGCUAUUCUCUGCCGCGGCCGCUGCUGCUGCCCCCAAGGUCCAGCCCAACGUCAAUGGUCCUACUGCUUCACUGCCAGUCAAUGGUACAGCUGCAAAUGGAGAUGGGGCGGUGAAUGGCAGCGCAUCCAAUUUCUCUGCUGGAAACGCGAAUUCUUUGGCUGCUGCUAUCCAGGACUUCCGCGCCGGCAGCCUUUCCAAGUUCCAGUUCAUUGAGCCUAGAGGCUUGAUUAACACCGGAAACAUGUGUUACAUGAAUUCAGUUUUGCAAGUUCUUCUCUUCUGCGUACCAUUUUAUGACUUCCUGGACCAGGUUAGCAAGAGGGCCGUUCACAAGUUCAAGAGCGAGACGCCCGUAAUUGAUGCUAUGAUCAUGUUCAUGAAGGAGUUCCGUGUUAUUGACUCAACAGACUCUGUUGAAAAGCUGCGCAAGAAGCUGAAGAAUGAGCAGCUGGAGCAAUAUGGCGAGUCUUUCAUCCCGGAGUUUGUCUACAAGGCCAUCCAGCCUCUUCCGGCCUUCGCCAAUAUGAGACGAGGACACCAACAAGAUGCUCAGGAGUUUCUCGGCCUGGUCUUAAACGCUAUCGACGAGGAGUGUGCGCAGGUUAUGUCUUCCAGCGGCUCGAUCAAUGGAGCUGCCGACAUUCGGCCUACGUCUGCCGCUAGCACCGCGGAGUCCAACGACGGGGCGGAUGGUUGGUUCGAAGUUGGCUCCAGACAGCGGGCCGUCGAGACUCGUUCUUCUGGAGCAAGCCAAACGACUCCCAUUACUCGAUUGUUCAGUGGACAGUAUCGGUCAGAACUUCGUCGCCCCGGCGUCAAGGAUUCAGUUACCACAGAGCCGUUCCAAUCUCUCCAGCUGGACAUCGGCGCCCCGUACAUUAACAAUGUUGUCGAUGCGAUUAAGGGGCUGACGGUACCUGAGAGGCUUCAAGGCGAUGCCACUCCCAUGACCAAGCAAACUCUAAUUGAGACACUCCCCCCUAUUCUUAUCCUCCACCUCAAGCGGUUCAAAUUUGACACAGAGGGAACUACCAAGAUCGGCAAAAAGGUCGGUUAUCCGCUUGAACUACAGCUCCCACCGGAGGUCCUCUCGAAGAGACGUCGCAAUGCUCUCGUUGCGGAGGGUGCGGGCAUUCCCAAGUAUAAGUUGAUCGGCGUCGUCUACCACCACGGCAAGCAAGCCAACGGUGGCCAUUACACAGUUGAUGUGAGACGACAAGACGAAAAUGAGUGGAUUCGACUGGAUGAUACUGUCAUCCGUCGGGUUCGCAGCGAGGACGUCGCCGAAGCUGGUGCCGAAGAGGAUGUGAAAGAUACUUCUCGCCAAGGACCUUCAUCGCGGGAUACGUCUACUAACCGAUUCGGUGCUAUGAAUGACGAGGACGAGGGUGAUGGCUGGAAAGAGGUUGCGAAGGGCGGAGACAAGGGCGAGAAAAAAUGGAGUGCUAUUGCAAACGGUAAUGGCGUCGGUUCCGCGUCCAAGGGCAAGCCCAUCAAAAACAACAUCAAGGACAAUAAGGUCGCCUAUCUGCUAUUCUACCAGCGCGUCUGA